UAUUGCUGAAAGGUACCACGCUGAGUAUUGUUAUCCCGAUAGUUCUUUCGUAUCAGUCCGUGUGUAUUCCUGGGCGAAUGUGCUCGUGUGGUCUCAGGAGUUGCGGAGGUCACGGCUCUGGGACAGCCGUUUCAUGGCCCUAUGCUGCGGAACCUGCCCCGGAAGAGAGAGCCCAGAGAAUUGCCAAAGCUGUCCGCAAACAGUCAAUAGAAGUGAAGGAAAAUUGGGAACAACUGAAAAUCCGUGCGAGCAACUGGCAGAAACAGGUGGAAAAGGCGUUGGAGAAACUUCAAGAACUGGAGAAAGCUCUGGAUGAUCUUGAGGCUCAUGUGAUAACAGCUGAGGGGGUCCGCACUGAUCGGCAACCUGUGAGUGACCUGCUUAUUGACUCAUUGCAGGAUCACUUUGAUAAAACCACAGGGAAGGACUAUCUUCAAAAUCUGAGAUUGGGCUUUGAAAGACAGCAGCCUUUGUUUUGGAGAGAUAAUGGGAACUGCAGAUGCUGGAGAAUGCGAGAUAACAACGUGUGGAGCUGGAUGAAGACAGCAGGCCAAGCAGCAUCUUAGGAGCACAAAAGCUGACGUUUCGGGCCGAGAACCACCUUCAGAAAAUGGGGAGGGGGUGCGGGUUCUGAAAUAAAUAGGGAGAGAGUGGGAGGCGGAUGGAAGAUGGAUGGAGGAGAAGAUAGGUGGAGAGGAGAGUAUGGGUACGGAGGCAGGGAGGGGAUAGGUCAGUCUGGGGAGGCCGGACAGGUCAAGGGAGCGGGAUGAGGGGAAAUAGGGGUGCGGUAUGAGGUGGGAGGGGGGAUGGGUGAGAGGAAGAAUAGGUUAGGGAGGCGGGGACGAGCUGGGCUGGUUUUGGGAUGCAGUGGCAGGACAGGAGAUUUGGAAGCUUGUGAAAUCCACACUGAUACCAUUGGGCUGCAGGGUUCCCAAGCAGAAUAUGAGUUGCUGUUCCUGCAACCUUCGGGUGGCGUCAUUCUGGCACUGCAGGAGGCCCAGGUUGGACAUGUCCUCUCGGGAAUGGGAGGGGGUGUUGAAAUGGUUAGUGACUGGAAAGUGCAGUUGUUGAUUGCAAACUGAGCGUAGGUGUUCUGAAAAGCGGUCCCCAAGCCUCUGCAUCGUUUCCCCAACGGAGAGGAAGCCACACCGGGGACAGCGGAUGUUUUGGAUAUUUCUUAAGCAUUGAUUUACAUUCAGAGUUGGUUGGAUUUUGCUGAAGCAAUAGACAUAACUCACUAUGACGUAGACAAUGUCAGAGUUAAUGUUUCGCGUCCUGUGACCCUUCCUCAGAUCUCACUCUUCACUGAUGCUGCCAGACCUGCUGAGCUUUUCCAGCAACUUCUGCUUUUGUUGCUGAUUUACAGUGCCCACAGUUCUUUUGUUUUUUACGACACAGACAAAACUUGAUCUCUGCAGGAAGCAUGAUGCUGCAUUCUCAAACUUCCCUGCCUUUUUGUAAUAUAAUAUUGUCUUUUUAGGACAGAAGUGGCUUUUUUUUGUUUGUUUUAACUUCCGCACAUACUUUCUAUGCAGGUUAAAAGUCUACACCUUUUCAGUUCUCUGCUGCAUAAUGAAGACUUGGAACAAUUUUUUUUAUAAAGUAGAAAAUCAGUGUGGUUUGUUUUCCAAAAUGUGAUGUGUAAGUGCAACACUUAACAGUGUGUUCAUCAAACUAUUGUUUCCUUUGAUCGUUGUGUUGUAGAAAUUUCUAGAAUCAUUUCAUAUAUUUUUUUUGAUAUAUUUUAGCAUCGCAUUAUAUUUAGCAUUAUAUUUUCCUGGAGCAAGUCUGUUUUCCUUCGGAUGAGACGACUUUCAGACAUACUCCCUUUAUUAUGAGAUUUAAUUACGGUAAAAUGAGGAGGAUUUUGAUUCACUGAGACACACAUGACGAUAUGUUUAAAGCAUUGGAAAAUGCGUUCUGUUCGGACUGUCAUGUUAUCUGGUGUUUGUACCAGGCUUUCCGAUUAAAUGCAAGUGAUUAAGGAUGCUAAUGAUGCCACAUGUUAUUACAAGAGGAAAUGAACAUACAAGUAAGGAUUUUAUGCCACAUUUAUACAUAGCAUGGACCAUGCAGCAUGGAUGCAGUGACUGAGGGAAAUGGGAUGCAGUGACUGAGGGAAAUGGGAUGCGGUGACUGAGGGAAAUGGGAUGCGGUGACUGAGGAAAAUGGGAUGCGGUGACUGAGGGAAAUGGGAUGCGGUGACUGAGGGAAAUGGGAUGCGGUGACUGAGGGAAAUGGGAUGCGGUGACUGAGUGACAUGCUCACAGCGAAUUGCCCCCUCCAUCCUGACCCGCUCACAGCGACUUGCCCCUCCAGUCCAGACCCGCUCACAGCGACUUGCCCCUCCAGUCCAGACCCGCUCACAGUGACUAGACCCUGCAGUCCUGACCCGCUCACAGCGACUUCUCUCUGCAGACCUGACCCGCUCACAGCGACUUCUCUCUGCAGACCUGACCCACUCACAGCGAAUUCCCCCUGCAGUCCUGACCCGCACGUUGCGACUUGCCCCUGCAGUCCUGACCCCCUCACAGCGACUCGCCCCUUCAGUCCUGUCCCAAUCACAAGGACUUGCCCUCUCUGUCCUUACCCGCUCACAGUGACUUGCCCCUGCAGUCCUGACCCCCUCACAGUGACCUGCCCCCUCACUCCUGACCCGCUCUACAUUGAGGAAACCAAGCAGAGGCUUGGGGACCGCUUUGCAGAACACCUCCACUCGGUUCGCAACAAACAACUGCACUUCCCAGUCGCGAACCGUUUUAACUCCCCCUCCCAUUCCUCAGACGACAUAUCCAUCAUGGGCCUCCUGCAGUGCCACAAUAAUGCCACCCGAAGGUUGCAAGAACAGCAACUCAUAAUCCGCUUGGGAACCCUGCAACCCAAUGGUAUCAAUGUGGACUUCACCAGCUUCAAAAUCUCCCCUUCCCCAACUGCAUCCCAAAACCAGCCCAGCUGUUCCCUUCCCCCGACUGCAUCCCAAAACCAGCCCAGCCUGUCUCCGCCUCCCUAACAUGUUGUUACUCUCACCCAUCCCUUCCUCCCACCUCAAGCCACACCUCCAUUUCCUACCUACCACCUCAUCCUGCCUCCUUGACCUGUCCGUCUUCCCUGGACUGACCUAUCCCCUCCCUACCUCCUCACCUGUACUCUCCUCUCUACCUAUCUUGUUUUCUCUCCAUCAUCGGUCCGCAUCCCCCCCUCCCUAUUUAUUCCAGUUCCCUCUCCCAUCCCCCUCUCUGAUGAAGGGUCUAGGCCCGAAAUGUCAGCUUUUGUGCUCCUGAGAUGCUGCUUGGCCUGCUGUGUUCAUCCAGCUCCACACUUUGUUAUCUUGGAUUCUCCAGCAUCUGCAGUUCCCAUUAUCAGUGGCAUUUUCCUCUUCAUCAAAGUUUGUGCAAAAGCAACACGAUAUGGGGCGGCACGGUGGCUCAGCGGUUAGCACUGCAGCCUCACAGCACUGGGGACCCAGGUUAAAUUCCAGCCUCAGUCUGUGUGGAAUUUGCACCUUGUCCCUGUGUCUGUGUGGGUUUCCUCCAGGUGCUCCGGUCUCCUCCCACAGUCCAAAGAUGUGCACGCUAGGUGGAUUGGCCAUGCUAAAUUGCCCAUAGUGUUCAGGGGCGUGGGUCUGGGUGGGAUGCUCCAAGGUUUGGUGUGCACUUGUUGGGCCAAAGGGCUUGUUUCCACACUGUAGGGAAUCUAAACAAUC